ACAGUUAUGCCGCUUACAUAAUGUAGCCUUUUUUUAAUGUUUGAUGACAAGAUGGAGACUUAUGGAAAAUAAUGUAGACUAAUAAUUUAAGUUUAAUGUCCUAAUGAUCAGUCUACUUAUUUCUAUGUCCCACAGCUGACAUGGAACGUUAUUAACCGGUUCGGGAACUUUAUUUUUUUGUUCUAACCGGUUCAGGAAUGUCAAUUUUAGGGUUGAACUGAAAACCGGAAACAUUAAAAUACUGUUUUCUGUUCUGAACGAACCAAUUGGGAAAAAAUUCUGGUUCAAAGCCCUGGCUAAAACUUAUGAAUUUUUAAAUUAACCUGCUUAUUAUUGUGUUGUACACAGCCAAUCUGAAUACCACUCAACUUUUUUACAUCUACUGUAGGCCCUGCUGCAUUAACCGAUUAAAAUAGCUCAUGGCAUAACUAGAAAGAUGCAUGUAAAAUAAUCAAACAGUAAGAAAUACUCUUGAUGUGUAGUUGUUUCAGAUUAUUUUAAUACUUAGUUGUCAUAUUUUAAGUCAUCUUGAAGCCCCAUAGUGGGCCCUGUAAUGUCAAAGUAUUGCAGUACUCUUGUUUGCCGAUAGGUGCCCGCCAAGCACAUAGACGAACCUAUGAAUAUAAAGUGCGAUUUUCUGUUGGUGACAGUGACAUCUAGUGGAUAUUUAGUGAACGAGUAGUAAAGCAGGAAGCGUUUGAAGUUGAGAAAAGAAAGUAAAAGUGUAUUUGUGCAGUCAGGAAAAUGGCAGAAGCGAAUCUUUCAGUGUCUCAGGAUCAGUUCAUCUGUUCAAUCUGUCUGGAUUUACUGAAGGAUCCAGUGACCAUUCCCUGUGGACACAGUUACUGUAUGAGCUGUAUUACAAAAUGCUGGGAUCAGGAUGAUCAGAGAGGAGUUUAUAGCUGCCCUCAGUGCAGACAGAUCUUCACUACAAGACCUGCUUUAGGUAAAAACACCAUGCUGGCUGAAGUGGUGGAGAAACUGAAGAAGUCAAAACUUCACACUAAUCGAUCUGAUCUCAGUUAUGCUGGACCUGAAGAUGUGGAGUGUGACGUCUGUACUGGGAGAAAAUACAAAGCUAUCAAGUCCUGUCUGGUGUGUCUUGAAUCUUACUGUCAAACUCACUUUGAACAACAUGAAGCUUUUCGCACAGGAAAACGACACAAAGUGAUUGAUGUGACAGGAAGACUUCAGGAGAUGAUCUGCUCUCAACAUGACAGACUCUUUGAGGUUUACUGCCGCACUGAUCAGAGAUGUAUUUGUUUGCUUUGUACGAUGGAUGAACAUAAAAAUCACGACAAUGUAUCAGCAGCAGCAGAGAGAACUGAGAAACAGAGACUACUGGAGGACAACCAGGGCAAACUCCAUCAGAUAAUCCAGCAGAAAGAGAAGGAGCUUCAGGAUCUAAGAGAGGCUGUGAAGAUUCACACGAUCUCUGCACAGACAACAGUGAAGGACACUGAGAGGAUCUUUACUGAACUGAUCAGAUCCAUUAAGAGAAGACGAUCUGAGGUGAUACAACUGAUCAGAGAUCAGGAAAAGACUGCAGUGAGUGGAGCUGAAGAACUACUGAAGAAACUGAAACGGGAGAUUGAUGAUCUGAGGAGGAGAAAUGAUAAGAUGGAGAAACUUUCACAAACAAAAGAUCACAUCAGUUUCCUUCAGAGUUUCCAGUCUCUCUCUUCAUCUCCUGGAUCGAAAGACAACAUCAUUUUCAGUUCUCUUCUCUCUUUUGAUGAUGUGAGGAAAUCUGUCACUCAACUGAAAGAACAGAUGGAGGAUUUCUGUGAAGAAGAGAUUGAAAAGAUAUCUAGUAAAGUUACAGACAUUGAAAUUAUUCCCAUCAAUGGACCCAAGACCAGAGCAGAGCUAACACAAUAUUUCAGUCUGUUCUCUCUGGAUCCAAACACAGCAUAUGAAGAUAUUUGUCUGUCUGAGGAGAACAGAGCAGCUACAAACACUGACACAGAUCAGCAGUAUCCUGAUCAUCCAGACAGAUUUGAUUAUUAUUGUCAGGUGUUGUGUAGAGAAAGUUUGUGUGGACGCUGUUACUGGGAGAUUGAAUGGAGUGGGGAUGAUAGUGUUGAAAUAUCAGUGUCAUAUAAGAGCAUCAGCAGGAAGGGAGAAGGUGUUGAGUGUAUAUUUGGAUAUAAUGAUCAGUCCUGGAGUUUAGACUGCUCUCCAUCUGAAUCCUCAUUCUGGCACAAUAACAUAGAGACAAAUCUCUCAGUAGUGUCCAGUUCUUGUAGAUUGGGAGUUUAUGUGGAUCACAGUGCAGGGAUUUUGUGUUUCUACAGCGUCUCUGACACAACGACCCUCAUCCACAGAGUCCACACCACAUUCACUGAACCUCUUUAUCCUGGGUUUGGGUUAGAUGAGAGCUCAACAGUAAAACUGUGUGAUCUAACAAAUAUAAAAGAUACAUGAUUAGAUACUGGUUUAUAUACACAAGUGUUAUCUGCAUAUAUAUACAAAUCUAUAAUGUAUGUUAAAUGAUAUAUACUUAGGGAGUAACAGAUUACAUCUAUCAAUGGUAUAGGGAUACAAAAAAAAGGUAACUGCAAUUAAUAAAAAAAUUACAUUGAAAUGUGCUGCAUCUAAAUCAUCUUCAUGUUCAGAUUCAGGCCAUAAGGUGGAGCAUCUAGACCUUAACAUCUCUCUUUAAUUUAUACCAACAUUUUCAUGAUUUCUCUGUCUUUUUUUCUUUAUCACGAGAAGGCGCAUUAGCAUUGCUCCGUCGAGUAGAAGUCACCGGUAUCACUGCACAGCACGCGACAACUUUGUUUUAGCAAGAUAGUUCGACAAAAGAAAUGUGUUUUUUGGAUGUAAUGAGAAGAAAACCUUAUUUACCUUUCCCUGUCGUAAGACAACAGUGGAUGCAGUUCGUUUUUCCCGGACAGCAACGUAAUUGUGAAUGAGUUAAACCUCAUUCACACAGACCUCUGGUCCCAGAAAAUACCCGUAAAAUUGCCAGACAAGCGUCUGUGUGAACAAAAACUCGUUCCGUUAAUCUUCUGGGAUCGUUGCCGGAAAGAGGACCUAGUAAGAUACGCGGGUAACCCUCUGUGUGAACAAGAAUGCCAUAAAGGGCGUGUCGAAGUGAGGACGCGCGCGUCAUCAUCACAACACAAGUUAUGGUUCAGCUCCUUACAACGAGAGAUAACAUGUAUAUAAACAUUCACCACGAGAAAUGUUGCAAACUAGAUUGAAGCAGUUAUCAGGAAAUGAUAUAUGAGACGCAUAAACAAUGACGCACGUGCCGUAGUGAGGACGCGCGUGUCAUGGCAACAUGAAGUUGGUUCAACUCUUUAAAAUGAGGGAUUUACAACAUUCACUACGAGAAAUGUCAGCAAACUGGACUGAAGCAGAUAUCAGGUAAGUUAGCUCGUUACUUACUGCGUUGAAACGGAGAUCAUUCAGCAGCAUAAAAGAAUAUCGCGUCACGUGCUCAUUUGAGCUAUAAUAAACGAAAAUACCCGCAUGUCAUCCCAACGAGAUAUAUUGUUCAGCUCCUCAAAAUGCGGGUUUUAAAUGCAUAUAAACAAUCACGAUGAGAAAUGUCUGAAAACUGUAUCAAAGCAGAAAUCAGGGAGCUUGUCAAAUAUCCACUCUGAAGCUGAGAUCAUUCACCAGAAUAGAACUGUGCAUUCACGCGCUCCUUUGUAGUCUUAUCAUAAACAAAAAUGCACGCGAGUUGUUUCUGGAGAGAGAAAUAAUAAAUAAUAUGCAAACUUCAGACGCUGCGUAGAAGAGAGGGCGGGACUUUCAACAUGUCACGUGUCUUUCCGGGACCAUCAGAUGCCGUGUAAUCUUGGCAGUGUGAACAAACAAAAACUCUAACUAUUCCGGAAAAAUCCAGGAUGCAUUUUACGUGUAUUUUACGGAAUUUCUGUGUGAAAAGGGCUUUAGUUUGUUUGUUCCCUGGCUGCCGGACUCGCAGGGGCGUGUCUAGAGGGGGGGCAUGGGGUGGCACCGCCCCCCCUUGGAAUAUGAUUGGCCCCCCCUGGUGCCCCCCCUCCAAUCUCAUUGGGCCAGCUAGAUUUACUGUCAACCUGAAAAUUCCCACCGCACCAUUGGACCAGAGAGCUGUCAAUCACUGUUUGAUUUGAGACUCGUGCGAACGCGAAGACGAAGCGAGCAGAGUAGUUGCUCGUUUUUAAAACAGGAGGAAAGAGAUACCAUGACACCCAUCACACCAUUGGACCAGUUGUCAGACACCCACCAUACCAUUGGACCAGUUGUCAAUCACUGUUUGAUUUGACUCGCUCGAACGCGAAGGCGAAGCGAGCACAGUAGUUGCGCGUUUUUAAAACAAGAGGAAAAAGACACCACGACACCCACCGCACAAUUGGACCAGUUGUCAAUCACUGUUUGAUUUGAGACUCGUGCAAACGAGAAGGAGGGCGCCCCGCCACAGACUCAACAGCCGCCACAGACUCAACACUGGCACAAAUCAAAAAGAUUUUCCAUGAUUACCAUUUACAUUUUAUUUUACUAUUUAAAACGGCUUCAUGUGCUUUUGCAAGCGCUCAGCAGCGCCUCUCUCUCUCUCUCUCUCUCUCUCUCUCUCUCUCUCUCUCUCUCUCGCGUGCACGCUUUCUCACUGCUGCGUGCGGAACCUCGACAGUGCCUCUCUAAAACUGAGUGAAGGAGUUAAAAGUUGGCGGUGUUUCCACCUGGGUUCCUCUGUUGUCUUUUCACGUAAAAGUUAACAGCCAACAGAUGUUACUGACAGAGAAUACGGUUGAUCGAGUAUUAUGACUUAACGAAAGGUUAGUGUUUUCCCCCACACACACAAACACCAGUUCUCUGUGUACGAGCUCUCUCUCUCCCUCCCUAUGGUGCGGUAUGCGCGCGCACGCUUAACAGUAUUCUCUGAUAUUUUUGAAUUUGCGCUGAAUUGCUAUGCGCGAUCUACAAUAAAACUAUCACUCGCAUUUAAAAUUAAAAGCGCUCAAACACAAUCCGAUGAGAAGAGCAACCUUGCAUGAGACACACAGGUAAUCCGAAAUCACCUCGUAUCAGCUCUUCAAUGUAAAUUGUAUCAGACAAUGUCACAUUUAAAUUAGGAUUUUAGCAGUAUAAAGUAACAGCUGGUUGGAUUAAACACGAGGUGUUAUUGGGUCGUGUUAGUCACUAGCUUAAACUCUUUCUUGUUGUCUGACAACAGAACAGAUAAUAUGUAAAAAAUAGCAUUCAGUUGUGUUAAAAUACAAUAUAGGCUAAUAAACAAUGAAAGUCAGAUCAGACAGAGUAGAAAAACAAAAUCCUGAUAUGUCAGAAUGUUAACUAAUACCAGCUACACGCAAUGUACUUAAAGGAACAGUUCACUUAAUUUAAAUGGUCAUAUACAUAAACUUGUUUCAAACCUGUAUGAGUUUCUUUCUUCUGCUGAACACAAAAAAGAAAA